AAAAUUCAGAAUACGGACCCUCACCAUUUUUAAGAAAGCUCUAAAAAAACCUUCUAACAAAGCCAAAUCCAUCUCUCUCUCUCUAUUUGUAUAGCAAAAAUAAAACUAUAGACUAUACAGAGAGGAUAUAAAAUAACCAAAAGGAGAUAGCCAAAACUUUCAGUCUUCUGCAGAAACUUCAUUGUCUCUUUCUCCUUUCUGCUUUAUUCUCUGCAUUUCUUAGCUAUAUAAUAUUCAUCAUCUUUCUCACCACUCACACCCACAAAACAGCAUUUUCCAUUUUUUUAAUAUAUUUUCUACAUAUAUUUAUUUAUUUGUUUCAGUAUUGUGAUUUUGGGUCAAAUGAGGGGGUUACCUGGGCAUGAACGCCGGUGGACAUCGGACACAGUAUCUUCCGGCAAGGAUUUUAGUGGUGAAUCAUCACCGGGAAUAGAUUCCGGGGACAAUUCCGGUGAGGAGUUUGUUGAAGUCAUACUUGAUCUUCAAGAUGACGAUACAAUUAUUCUACGAAGCGUUGAACCAGCUACUGUUAUCAACAUUGACAGUCCUGAUCCUACUACUACUGCCGGUGGAAUAUCAAUUGAAACUCCGGCUGCAUCAGCGGCAACGACAUCGGAAGCUCGAUCGCCGACGAUGCGCCGGAGCACAUCGUAUAAAUUCCGUCAGUUUUCACAGGAAUUGAAAGCUGAAGCUGUAGCGAAAGCGAGGCAGUUUUCGCAAGAGUUAAAAGCGGAGCUGCGCAGAUUUUCAUGGAGUCAUGGACAUGCGUCUCGUGCUUUUUCGCCGACCUCGUUUUUUGGAGCCGGAAACGGUGUGGAUUCGGCUUUAGCGGCUCGAGCAUUGCGCAGGCAGCGCGCUCAGCUUGAUCGUACUCGUUCUAGCGCCCAAAAAGCUCUUCGUGGACUCAAAUUCAUUAGUAAUAAUAAAACUAAUGGAUGGAGUGAAGUUGAGAACAAUUUCGCUAAGCUUGCUAAAGACGGAUAUCUUUAUCGCUCCGAUUUCGCACAAUGCAUAGGUAUGAAGGAUUCGAAGGAAUUUGCACUGGAAUUGUUUGAUGCUUUGAGUAGAAGAAGAAGAUUGAAGGUUGAUAAAAUUAGCAAGGAAGAACUGUACGAAUACUGGUCUCAAAUCACCGAUCAGAGUUUCGAUUCACGGCUUCAGAUCUUCUUCGACAUGGUGGACAAGAAUGAAGAUGGUCGAAUUACUGAAGAGGAGGUAAAAGAGAUCAUCAUGCUAAGUGCCUCUGCAAACAAGUUAUCAAGAUUAAAAGAACAAGCAGAGGAGUAUGCAGCUUUGAUCAUGGAAGAAUUAGAUCCUGAAAGACUCGGCUACAUUGAGCUAUGGCAGCUGGAAACACUUCUCCUCCAAAAGGACACUUACCUCAACUACAGUCAAGCACUAAGUUACACAAGCCAAGCUUUGAGCCAAAAUCUGCAUGGGUUAAGGAAUAAAAGCCCAAUAAGGAGAAUGAGCAGUAAACUUAUAUAUUCAUUGCAAGAAAACUGGAAGAGAAUUUGGGUUCUGGUCUUGUGGAUUUUGAUAAUGAUUGGGCUUUUUCUUUGGAAGUUCUAUCAGUACAAAAACAAGAGUGCAUUCCAUGUCAUGGGUUAUUGCCUUCUCACAGCUAAAGGUGCUGCUGAGACUCUUAAGUUCAACAUGGCUCUUAUAUUAUUACCAGUAUGCAGAAACACCAUUACAUGCCUCAGGUCCACCAAGUUGAGCUCUUUUGUACCCUUUGAUGACAAUAUCAACUUUCACAAGACUGUCGCUGCAGCCAUUGUUAUUGGUGUGAUACUCCAUGGCGGUAACCACCUUGCAUGCGAUUUCCCAAGGCUUAUACAUACAAAUAGUACAGAUUAUCAGAGCUAUUUGGUGAAUGAUUUUGGCCCAAGAAAGCCUGGGUACAUAGAUCUUGUUAAAGGAGUUGAGGGUGUUACCGGCAUAAUAAUGGUAAUCCUCAUGGCCAUUGCUUUCACUCUUGCAACGCGAUGGUUUAGGCGGAGCCUGAUUAAGUUACCCAAACCUUUUGAUAGACUCACUGGCUUCAAUGCAUUCUGGUAUUCGCACCACCUUCUUGUCAUUGUCUAUAUUCUACUGAUCAUCCAUGGCACAUUCCUCUUCCUUGUGCAUAAAUGGUACGCUAAGACGACAUGGAUGUAUCUAGCAGUUCCUGUACUUCUCUAUGCAGGGGAAAGAACUCUUAGAUUCCUCCGGUCAGGCUUGUACCCUGUCCGGCUUCUAAAAGUAGCAAUAUAUCCUGGAAAUGUCCUUACUCUGCAAAUGUCUAAGCCUCCGCAAUUUCGAUACAAGAGUGGACAAUAUAUGUUUGUCCAGUGUCCAGCUGUUUCUCCAUUUGAGUGGCACCCAUUUUCCAUUACUUCAGCUCCUGGGGAUGAUUACUUAAGCAUUCACAUCCGACAACUUGGUGACUGGACUCAAGAACUCAAGCGGGUGUUUUCUGAGGCUUGCGAGCCGGCAGAGGCGGGAAAGAGUGGCCUGCUCAGAGCUGAUGAAAACACCAAAACAAGUUUGCCAAAGCUAUUAAUAGAUGGACCUUAUGGAGCUCCAGCACAAGAUUACAGGAAGUAUGAUGUCUUACUGCUUGUUGGACUUGGCAUUGGAGCAACACCAUUUAUAAGCAUCCUUAAAGACUUGCUCAAAAACAUCAUCCAAAUGGAGGAGCAAGCAGAUUUAAUAUCAGAUUUUAGUGGGAACUCCGAAAUGAGCACUGCAACAAGUGAACAACCAGCUCUCAACAAGAUUUCUCCAAAAAAGAGAAAGAGUACUCUAAGGACCACAAAUGCAUAUUUUUAUUGGGUGACCCGGGAACAAGGAUCAUUUGAUUGGUUCAAAGGUGUUAUGAACGAAGUGGCUGAACUUGAUCAAAGGGGGGUCAUCGAGAUGCAUAACUACUUGACGAGUGUUUAUGAGGAAGGGGAUGCACGCUCAGCUCUCAUUACCAUGGUCCAGGCGCUUAACCAUGCUAAGAAUGGAGUUGAUAUAGUAUCGGGCACCAGGGUUAGGACACAUUUUGCUAGGCCAAAUUGGAAGAAAGUAUUUUCCAAGACCUUAACCAAGCAUGCAAAUGCAAGAAUAGGGGUUUUCUACUGUGGUGCACCCAUAUUAGCGAAGGAACUCAACAAACUCUGCAAUGAGUAUAAUCAAAAGGGUACAACGAAGUUCGAGUUUCACAAAGAACAUUUUUAGAAGGGGGCCAUGGAGAAGAACAAUUUUUGAAUCAGCUGCAACCACAUUGGUAAACCAGUAUUUACUACAUCCAUCUUCGGUACAUGAUCUGCUGAUUCUACUGAAGACAUAACAUUACUAAGCAAUAAGUCAGAGACAAAUUGUACAUAAUAGGAGGAAGAGUAUUUCAAGAGAAAAUACAUACUAAUAUGAUAUGUGUAUAGGUUUUAUUCAGUCAUCUGUUACAUAUACCAAUAAUCAGAACUCCAAAAGGGAGAAUCUGUUUGGUCAGAUGACUGAAAAUGUGAAAACACUGUGGGAGAAAAAGAAAAAGGAAAAAAAGGAUGACAAGUGAAUGGUCAACACAUGAAAGAAUGAGAAUAUUGGGAAACAGCUAAUAAGAAGUUGACCUGCUUGAUAAAGAAACACUGAAAAUGGCAAGCAUGAAAGGAUAGACAAAUAUGGCUUGGAUAGGG